AAAUCUGACUAAUAAACCGACCUGUAAUUACCUGGCUUUUUGUUAAUUCCUGAUUAAAUCAGUCACUUCAAACUAUAACCACUCACAUUCGGAAAUCUGAAAUUAUACAAACCCUAGUUUUAAUUCGCAAAGCAACAAAUUGCGUGUUCAUUCAAUCAAUCGAUCUGUAGUUCAACGACUUCUCGAUUCCUUUUCAAUUCUUUGUUAAAGGUUUCUUUUGGUGAUUUAUCAAUGACGAGGUUUAAGAAAGGAAGCAUGGUGGAGGUCUUGUCCAAGAAAGACCUUUGGCGGUGUGCAAAAAUCGUGGAGGACAAUGGAGAUGCUUACACAGUCAAAUAUUAUCGUUGUCCAGGUAUAGCUAAAGACGGUGUUGACAAGGUUUCAGCUAAAGCAGUCAGGCCUUGCCCAAGACCAGUGAUGGGUACUAACAAUUUGGUUGUUGGUAAAGUUGUGGAAGUAUUAGAUGAUGGUUAUUGGAGGGUUUCUGUGAUUGAAGAGGUUCUGGAAGAUGGUUAUUGUUACAUCAAGGUUAUUGGAUCUUUGGAUGAGUUUAGAGUGAAUAACUCUAGUAUCAGAGCACGACAAGAAUGGAAACAAAACAAGUGGAUUCUGAUGGAUAAGGAUUCUGAAAAUCAUGUGCACAACAAGUCCCAGCAGGAAGUUCUAGAAUCCAAUUUGCUUUCGAAGUCAUUGAAGAGGUCAUUUUCUGACCAUUCAUCCACUGCUGAAGCUUAUGCUGAGUGUGUCCAGAAAAGAAGAUUAGGAGACGAAGAGGUCGAGCUUGAUGCCAUAGAUGGUGAUGCAUAUUCCUUCAAUGGAAAGGUAGACAACCCUGCUAACCAAAGGGGAAAUCUUGGUAAAGAUAAUGUGCAAAAUUUUACUGAGAAAACAAUCAGAUUUAAUAAAGCUAACACCAGAAAUCACAAUGGUUUCUUGGGGCUAGAUGAUUGUGUCAGUAGUGUAUCAUCUGUUGGUAGUUGUAGCAUCACUAAUGCCAUUUCUGAUAGGUUGCUCAGCCACUCUUCAGCAGGAAGUAGACAGGAUAGUGCUUCUCUUUGUAGUGAUGCAGAGUCACAUAGUCAUUUGGGAGUGGAGGAAGAAAUGUCUGAUGGUCAGUCAGAAAGAGGAGAUUGUGUAAGAACACAUGAGUUAGAUUUAUAUGGUUAUCGAUGCGUUUUAGAAACAUUAUAUGCGUCUGGUCCCUUAAGUUGGCAACAAGAAUUUGCUUUAACAAACCUCCGUAUGAAACUUUUUGUUUCAAACGACGAACAUUUGACAGAGCUGAGGAGGUUAAAGUCUCUUGGUUUGAGUUGUCACUAGCAUUAGAUGCUCUUUCUUAUUUCAUUGAUUGCACUGGGUCCUGUAAAUUCAGUUAUGCCUUGUGCCUUGUAAGAAGUGGGUGACAUUUGAAACUAUACAUGUGUUCCAUUGUGAAUGCAGUCAUAUGAUUACUUAAAGAAAAAUCAUACAUCAAUUAUCAAUUUGGAAAGUACGAUUUUUAGCCUCACUUAUGUUUGUAUAUUCUGAUAUUUUUUUGUAGCUUUUGCAAUGCAGCAUAAGGAGAUUCUAAUGUUGCUCUUAUGACCUUAUCAAAUUUGUUGCACAUGUCUUGCCAUUUAAACAGAUAUUGAGAUAAAAUUCUCUUUUAUGUUUGUAAGCAACCCAGCAUACUAUGGUUUGAAACUUUACCUUGAAUGAAUGAAUGAAAAAUAUUUUAUAUCAAAGGGUGCAGUAGUACUUGUCAUAUGCUGCUAACACUGUUGUCUUAAGACUUCUAUGAUUAUUAUUGAUGCCUCUCGUACACUUUUCAGGACCUGUCCAGACAUGUAAGCCUUACAGCCACAAUCUUAAAGAUGAUGUUGUGGUUAGCCACCUCCUCUGUAAUAUUGAGAAAGGGGAAUCAUCUGCAAUGGCUCCUUUAUAAUGAGGCAAUUCAUGUCGGACGCUGUGAUUAAUCUCUUUUUAUGUUGUUUUAUGUGCUUCUUCCAGGUAAACAUGAUUUUUUUGUUACAUUACAUGAUGCUGAACAGUGCUUUUAGGGGCUGUGAUCAAUAUGAUUUUUAAGAUCCUUUGUUGGGUUUUGGUUAGUUGGUGGCUGGUUUUUGAAUGUCAUGCAUAUAUCUUCUAAAAUGUAGAAUAAUUCAUUGCGUUAAAAGUUUGAAGAUUUUGACAAACUUUGCAACACAUGACUAAUAAUUUAAAACCAAAUGAUAGUAUGAUCUGAACAUAGUAAACUUAGCUAGAGGUUGUGCUUUACAUUAUUAUUUAUAUAGUCGUUGUUCGUUGUUUUUGAAGGUCUUUGUUAGGCUAGGGUGAAUAUGUUCAAAGAUGAUAUUUUUAUAUCUUCCGAUAAGGGCCAAUAAGAUAAUAUAUGAUGCUCCGUAGAAGAUAAUACAAUAUAAGUUCAGGCCAAUAAGAUGGGGUUUAUGUAGGGAAUUAACCAUUUAAAACUUGAAGAUUGGGACUUGUGCCAUCUUGUUUUAGGAUACUGGACUGCACGUACCUCUGGAUUUUGCUAAUUGUGUUUGGUUUGACCCUUUUUUUACAAUUUGUUAUGUGCUACUUUCUCGCUCUUUCUGUUUUCAUGUUGCUUUAUUCAAUUAUGUUUGCCUUGCUAAUAGUAUCUGUUGGACAGUGGCACAGAAAACAGGAUUUUGGUCCUAUGUCUGAGCUAAGAAACUCCAGAGUGACUAUGCAGUUUUUUGCAUCCAAGUAAUGGCCAAUUCCCAAUCAGGUCUUUCCAUCUACUUAUGGCCAUGUAAUCACAUGUUUUCAGCUGGGUGUUGAGCUUUAGUUGUUCGUUAUUCAUAUGCAUGCCACUGAAUUCAGAUUUGUGCUGUGUAGUUCGGUUACUGCGAAUUGACCGUGUUUUGGUUGGCGUAAACUCCAACUUUGUGUAAUCAAUAUUGAUAGUUUGUUGGGGGGGGGGGACUUGUUCACUGACUUAUACCCUUAUGGUCAAUAUGAAUGUCUGAAGGCUAAGAAAAACAGAGUUAACCCCAUUAUUAGGGUCUAAGUUUUACAAAAAUUCACCAAUUGGGACCUCACUUUUUAUGGUCAAUAAUAUUGGGACCUAAGGUUAGAUUUCUUGUGUUUUAACUCGGCUUUAACAAAGGUUGGCUUCAAACUAAUAAAAUAAAGCGAAAAUAAAUUAUAAGAGUUAUGAGUUAAUAUUUAGUAUUAUUUGUCAACUUUUUUGUGGGUUUUAUUGGGGUUUAUUUUGUUUGUCUUUAGAUUUGUGUUAAUGGGUACUUAUUAAUUUUGUGAUUUUUUGCGAGAUUAGUGAUUGAAUUUGGUUAAUUUUGUGGUUUUGUAUGAUACUAAUGCUGCUAAAUUUUAUUGUUUUUGUGUUGAUUUUGAUUUCUAUUUUUAGGCUGUGACUUAUAUACUCGUUUUCUUUUUAUUUUUAUUUUAAAAAAGGGGUCGGGUGUGGUUGAGUUAUGCUAAAUGGGGCAUGACUGAAUAUGACCCGAACCUUUCAUUUAAGUUUGGGUCCGACCCGCCCUUGACACGACCUAUUUUAUAGGUCUGUGUUAAAACGUUUUGGUUUUGUUGGGUUUCAUGUUAAAUUAUGUGUAUAUUAGAAGUUAGUUACUUAACAUUUUAUGAUCAAAUUAUCACUGAAUUGUGAAUUAUAAUGGAAGAAAUUAGUGUAGUGUUGAUACUUUACGUUGAAGUAUGUUCAAGAAGGGGAAAUUGGAGGAGUAAGAAUAAGAAAUAAUUAAUUAGUUUUGUACUUUUGCAAAAAUAAAAUGAUACUAUUAUAUUUCCUAACUCAAGUACUUAAUAUUUCUUUAACUACCAUAGUUAACUUUGGCCAUAAAAGUAAGACGAGGUUUCAAUUAUUUGUGAUUUUUUGUAAAACUUUGACCCCAAUUAUGGGGUUAACUCAAGAAAAACAUGGUAAAAAGUGUGUAAAGCUCUCAAAUGUAUGGGUUUCGGUUUUUGAUGAUAGUCUCCGUGAGCUGUAAAAUAAAAUCACCCUCUUAAUUUGCUGUAGGGUCUCAUAUUUUUUGGGAGAUGAGGAUGAUCAUGUAAAGGUUCUAGACUAGCUUCUAGGCACAGUAGUUUGUAAAUGUUAGGUUUAGGAAGAAUGAAAAAUCUGGGAUUCAUUGCUCUGUUGUUUACAGAAGCAUGCAAGUUUUGUUACAGCAGCAUGCCAGCUCUCUAUCUUGAAGCUCUACAUCUAUAUACUACGUACGUUACUAGUAGUUGUCUUGUUUCAUUCUGGAGUCCUCUGCAGUGAAUGUAUCUGUACAGGAUGUACGUGGUGAUUCUUUCCCUUUGGUCUGAUGAUGACAUAGGAAGUCAAAUGCAUGAGGGUUGAUGGCAAAGCAUAUCAGAGAAUAAUACAGACUAGUAAUUGGCUUUAUUUUGUAUAUUUGGUUUAAGAAAAUAAUAAUAACAACAAUUCAUUGUAUUCUUUACUUUAUUUUGGGUUAUCCAAUUUAUAUUUCUGUGGAUUCUGCAAAC